AUGCCAAAGAUAAAGAAACGUUCGGCUGACAGCGCAAAUGUUCUUAGUUCUCGUGAUGUGUCAAAAAUUCGCAAACUUAUGCGAAAAAAUGCUGAUGAUGAAAAACCUGAUAUUUCGAAAUCUAUCAAUGCUGCUUUGGGUUUAGAGUCGAAUUCUGAAGAAUCUGAAGUUGAAGAGGAAUUUCAACUAGAUCUUCCAAAUUUUGAUGAUGCUUGUGAUGAUGAUGAAGGCGCCGUGGAAGAUGAUGAAGACUGGAAGAGGUUUUUCAAAACAACAAGCGAAAAUAAAAACUUGAUAACUGAACUUCAGAAUAAUUUAGCAGAAUCGAAAAAUAAGAUUUCUGAGGACAUGUCUCAAUAUACUGGUAGUGUUAUUGGUGAUUUAGACGCUGUCCGAGGAUUUGAUGAUUUGAAUGAUCUUCCUGAAGAGUUAAAAGAUCACUUAAAUCUCCUAACCGACGUACUUAAACACUAUCGUAGUGGGCCGUUGCCUAAAACACUGAAAAUGCUACCACAUUUAAUUGGAUGGGAGUCACUUUUGGAAAUGUUAAAACCACUGGAAUGGUCCGUUCAUGUAUAUCCUCGUAUUGUCAGGGUAUUUGCGUCCAAAGGUCAUGAACCAGCGCAUCACUUUUACGAGCUUUAUCUAUUGCCUAAAGUGAAACAGGAUAUUGAAGAAAAUAGACGUUUAUGCGUCCAUUUAUUUGAAUCACUGAUCGCGUCAAUGUUUCGUCCAGAAGAAUUCAUCUCUGGUGUUUAUUUACCCUGGGUUCAGUCAGAGAUGUCUAAAACUGAAGGUGUUAUCCUAUCGAAUCUAAUUAAACGUGCAACACUUAAAUCACGUUUUGCUGCAGUUGCACUAGCGCUUACCUUGGAAGAAGAUUUCAGUAUUCCAAGAUCAAUGGUUAUUGAAACAUUUCUAGCGAAGAAGUAUCAUUUACCAGAAGCUGCUGUUCAUAGAGUUAUUGAUUAUUUUAUCAGUUUUGAUAAAGAUUGUACAGCUUAUCUAACAGAUGAAAAACGUAUGCCGUUAACAUGGUUUAAAAGUCUCCUAGUAUUUUUAGAAUACUAUCGACAUAAUAUUAAUCCGGAUCAACGUGAAAAAUUGCUGAAAUUAUGCCGACGACAUGAACAUCCACAGAUUACUCCAGAGAUUCGAAGCUUUCUUGGAACUAUUCCAGCUGUUAAAUAA